AUGACUGAUAGAGAACCAUUAUUGAAAAAAAGUGCUAAAUUAUCCUAUGAUGCUGAUAAUGAUCAAGAUAAACGACGUAAACGACGAUUCUCACUUAACACUUUUUCCGGUUGGCGUCAAUGGUUUUUUAAGCAAGAGGAUACUGUACAAGUAGUUAAUGAUCCUGAUGGGAUAGACACUAAUGAGCUGGUUCAUGUUUUUGAAUUAUUUCGUUUUUCUGAUCGUACUGACUAUAUAUUGAUGAUUAUUGUCAUGUGUCUAUUGAUAGUAUUUGUUGGUGGUCUUACAGCUAGUCAAGUUGUUUUUGGUCAGUUGAUAGGAUUAUUUGCUCAAGUAUCAUUUACUGAAAAUUGUAAUCUUCAACAUCAAACUUUGGAUAUAAGCAAAUAUAAAUGUCCACUGGGUAUCGAACUCAAUUCAGCGAGCAGUACUCGUCUACUUAAAUUGUGUCAUAUUAACAAUGCUACGUUGACAUCAAAUUCAAUUCCAGUACCGUCUUCGUUUCGAACACAAGUUAUGCAUCCAAUUCGUUGGUUGUUUAUUAUUGGUGUGGUUGAAUUUAUAUGUGGUAUAACUUUAUAUGUUCUCUGGACAAUUUCAGUGAAAAGACAAGCAUCAUGUAUGAGUGUUCGUCUCUUUCAAUCUAUUCUACAACGGAUAAUCGCUGUCGAAGAAAUGAAUGUAUUGAAUUCAUAUUCAAAAGCUGGACAAAUUGCUGAAGAAGUAUUUAGUUCACUUCGAACGGUUCAUUCACUCAAUGGUGCUAAAUUUGAACAAAAACGAUACGAAAACGAAUUGUAUCCUACUACUCAAAGUAGUAUUCGACAAGGUUCUGUAUUUGGUAUAUUUGCUGGUUGGUUAUCCUUUGGUACAUAUCUUGUUUAUGCAGUCGGCUUUAUGUUUGGAUGCGUGAUUGUCACUAAUCGAAAUUCACAAACAAUGAGUUUUACUGAUAUUACUAUCGUUGUUACCGUCUUUGCACAAUCUAUGGCUCUAUUUAGUUAUAUUGGUCCAUUUCUUCAAUCAGUUUCAGAAGCUCGAGGUGCUGCAGUACCAAUAUUUCGACUUAUUGAUGCCGAAGACGAUGCAAAAAUAAAUGAACCAGAAAUAUGGGAAGACGAUAAAUCCAAUAAACAACUCGUUGGUAUCAAUGCUGAUAUUAAAUUUGAUAAUGUCAACUUCGUUUAUCCAUCUCGAAAAGAUAUGUCUAUUUUAAAGAACUUUAACUUUACUGCUCGUACUGGUCAAACAACUGCUAUUGUAGGCUCAAGUGGUUGUGGAAAAAGUACAUGCCUAUCACUUCUUCUACGUUAUUAUGAACCUUCAUCAGGACGUAUUUUGAUCAAUGGACAUCCAAUUCAAAAUUACAAUCUUAAACAAUUUCGACAAACGAUUGGAGUUGUUAGUCAAGAACCUAUACUUUUUGCUGCUAGUAUUUUUGAAAAUAUUCGUUUCGGUAAAGUAACUGCUACACAAGCAGAAAUUGAAGAAGCAGCACGACAAGCAAAUGCACAUAAUUUCAUCAUGGAACUACCUAAUAAAUAUGAAACGCUCGUUGGUGAACGUGGUGUACAAUUGAGUGGUGGUCAAAAACAACGUAUCGCUUUAGCUCGUGCUCUUGUCAAACAACCCACUAUACUUUUAUUAGACGAAGCAACUAGUGCACUUGAUAAUGCUAGCGAAAAAAUUGUUCAAGAAGCACUUGACAGAGCAUAUCAAGGUCGUACAACUAUAGUAAUUGCUCAUCGUCUGAGUACAAUUCAAAAUGCUGAUCAUAUAUAUGUAGUAGAUAAGGGAAGUGUGAUUGAAGAAGGCACACAUGAAACAUUGAUGGCAAAAGAAGGAGGUAAAUAUCAAGAAAUGAUUAAAAAUCAACAAAUAGACAAAGUAACUGGUGAUGAACAUGAUACAGUCGGAGAAGUAAAAGUAGAUGAAGAAAUUGAACAACAAACUGGUGAACGAUCUCGUCUAUUUAGUGAUAAACAAGUUGGUGAUACAAACGAAGAAAGUUCAACUUCAGAAGAUGAGCACGCUGUUUUUCUAAGACUUUUGUCAAUGAACAAACCAGAAUGGUUUUCUCUUCUCGUCGGUGCUAUAGCAAGUAUAAUCAAUGGAGUAUCUAUAUUACUCUUUGCAUAUCUAAUUGCUCAUACCAUCCAUCAUUUUACCGAUUGUGAUUACAAUGAACGGCGUCGCAAGGUAUUCAUUUUCUGUUUACUCCUUGUAUUAAUGGGUCUUCUUAUAUGGACGUUUCGUUAUAUUCAAUACACAGCUUUUGCUAUAUCGGGAUCAAGAUUAACGGAACGUAUUCGUUCAAAAGCAUUUGAAUGUCUUCUUCGACAAGAAGUCGCUUAUUUCGAUCGACCAGAAAACAGUACUGGUGCUAUAUGUGCUCGUCUUUUUACAGAUGCAUCAGCUGUACAACAAAUGACUGGUACAAGAUUAGGUGUUAUUUGUGAAACUUUAGCACUUAUCUGUUUCGGUGUAUUAUUUGGUAUUUUCUUAAGUUGGCAAUUAACAUUGAUUGCUUUGUUUCCAUUUCUUCUUCUUAUUCCUGCUAUGUAUCUCAAUGUUCGCUUAGAAAUGUGGUUAGAUGGAAUGUGUAGUCGCAUUCGUGAACAAGCAAACAUGAUUGCAGUUGAAGUUAUUAACAAUAUGCGUACAGUUAAACAGUUAUCUGCAGAAACAGAAUUGUUGAAUAAAUAUUCUGACCUUAUACAUCAAACAGACAAAUUAUAUCAAAAAUAUUCUUUACUAUCCACAAUACCCUAUGGUUUAUUUUGGAUGCUUGAUGCGUACACAACGGCAUUUCUAUAUUGGUAUGCUCUUAUACGUCUUGAAAAGAAUCAAUUUACAAUAGAUCAUGUCAUAGUAAUUAUUGCUUUUGUCGUUUUUGUUAUGCAAGCAAUGAGAAGUAUCGAAACUAUGGCUCAACAAAUUGGUUCAUCUUUAUCUGCGGUUACAACAUUUUUUAACUUAUUCGAUCGAAUACCAACUAUUGAUAAUACAUCAGAAGAAGGAGAACACUUGGCUAAUUUUCGUGGAGAGAUUGAAUUUGAUCAAGUUCAAUUUGCCUAUCCUACUCGUCCAACAGUUACUGUUCUCAAUAAAUUUCAAUUAAAAAUUAAAUCAGGUCAACGUGUGGCAUUUGUCGGUGCAUCUGGUUGUGGUAAAUCUACUACCACUCACUUAUUGGAACGAUUCUAUGAUGUUGGACUUGGUCAAUUACUUCUUGAUGGUACUGAUAUUCGACAAUUGAGUAUUCAUUGGAUUCGUUCUCAAUUGGGUCUUGUUGGUCAAGAACCAGUUUUGUUCAAUUUAACAAUUGCUCAAAAUAUCGCCUAUGGAUUAGAAAAUAUCCCAGAAGACGAUAUUAUUCGUGCAGCAAUGAAAGCGAACAUUCAUGACUUUAUUCAACGAUUACCUCUACGUUAUGAAACAAAAGUAGGAAUGAAAGGCAGCUUCUUAUCAGGUGGUGAAAAACAACGUAUUGCCAUUGCUCGAGUACUUCUGCGACGACCAAAAAUAUUGUUAUUAGAUGAAGCUACAAGUGCAUUAGAUUCAUACAAUGAACAAGUAGUACAACAAGCACUUGAAAAAGCUCAAACAGAAGAUCCUAAUCGAACAUCAUUGAUUAUUGCUCAUCGUCUUUCAACUAUACAAUCAUGUGAUUUAAUUUGUGUUAUUGAUAACGGACAUAUAAUUGAAAGUGGUACUCAUACAGAAUUAAUACAACAACGUGGUGCUUAUUAUGCAAUGCUUCCUAAAGAUAAUUUAUGA